AUGGUAUGCUUUCUGCAGAAAGAGGCUCAGGGCAGAUACAAUGAUGUCUUAUCUGAUUGUUCUGAACAAGAUAAUUACAAAUUAAACCUCAUCCCUGUACCAAACCUGAGCUUUAGAAAAAGACUUGACUUUGGAAAAAUAUGCCCGCCGCGUCCAAUUGGGGUGGUCACUAUGGGGGUUGGGGUCAUUAUGGGGGCUUUGGUGGCUACGGGUACUAUGCCCACUAUGGAUACUAUGGCUGGCCUGGUUGUGGAUGGUAUGGCCAUGGAUCUCCUUACGGACAUGGCUAUUGGUGGUAAUUAA